AUACAUGUGUUAGUUUGUAGAACUACAGCCAAUUUGCUAUUCUCAUCGGUGAUGUAAAUCGUGAUAGCAAAACGUCGGGCGUUGUUGUUUUUUUGUGGAAAAAGUUUCACAACGUAAAUGAUUUGGACAGUACUCAUUCAAUUAAUGGCUGUGCAAACCAUUGUAAUUGCAACAUUAUCAAAACCAAGUAUCACUGUAAAAGUGCAGUGUUUGUUAACAUUGGAAGUUUCCUGCUCGGAAGAUGAUCAUUCGUUCGGAAUCUGGUUAUUUUACAUGCAUAGAAGAAACAAAAUCGCACACAAUAUGGCAAAAGUUUUUUAUAAAGAUUCGGAAUGCAGCGUAGUUUACAGUUCAACUUUAAAAUCUUUGAACUGCGUGUGUGUGAACGAAACAAGUGCCACCUGCAACAUAUCCGGUUAUGAUAUCGUUAAAGAUGGCGAAGAGUGGCAUUGUUCGGAAAUAUCAACUGGACAUCAUCGUGACAGCGAAAAGGUGAAUUUGAAUUAUCAAGAUUUCAAUAAAUGUACAACGACAACACAAACAGCAACACAAAUCAUUAAACACGAAAGUAUAAUGACUGAAAGUUAUGAGAAUGAAACAAGCACAGUUACUACGACUGAAGUAAGAUUUACAAAGACGACAGGAACAGAAAACAGCAUUACAACCGAAAACGCAACUGUCACUGAAACACACAACAUAACCGCAACUGAAGAAAAUGAACAUAGGGAAUCUCCUACGAAACAUGACAUUAUUCAUGUAUCUCUUAUGAUUGCCGGGUCGUUUGUUUUGUUCGACAUUGGACUCGUUGUGUUUAUAUACAGAAAGAAACUGCUUUCCUGUUUGAGAGGUAUAGAAAGAAAACUGGAUCUUCCAAUACAUAACAACGCAAACAUUUCCGUAACGAGCAACAUAAACAUGGCCGCGGUAUUGAACAAUGUCACGUGGUCUAACGGCACUUCAUCUUCAAUGGAACCGGUAUCCACCCGUAUCGGGUCUGGUCUUAAUACACAACAGCAAUGUGCAAGCAAUGGGGAUGAACAACCAGAUUUGGCUACAAAAGACUCUAAUGUUGAUGACCCGUUGUACAGUUAUGUGAGAAACAACACGCAACUACACCACGAAGUUGACCCAAAAAUUAACAGUAAUCCACAUCAAAUCUACGAGGACCUUAGAUACGACAUAUCAAUGAAUGAUGACCAAUUGUACAGUAGCAUCGAAGAUCAAAAACCUGGUGCAGGCGAGGGGGCAUGUGGCUUUUCUGUUUAUGGAGAGGAACAAUCAUCUUCAGAUCCACUUUAUGAUGAUACUAACAACAUUAUUGUGCACUAUACAACUGUCAAAAAAGACCGACCACUUUAUAACAAAAAGUACAAAGACAACCCAAUGUACGCUUGUAAUGCAUCAACUUUAGACAGUGAAACUUCUCGUUAUAGUAAAAUAAGGGAAAGCGAUCUUCAUGCAACUGCGAACCAUUUACUGGGCUCAGUUGAUGAUCUGGCAAAAAUGCAUGGGAGCAAAGAAAAUACCAAUGGCGUCUACAACAGGGGAAGUCAAGAUGAUCCCCUUUACCUAACUGUAAACAAAAAAGAUGCACCGAAUAUAAUUAGGACACAUGUCGCUCCUGUGUACUCAAUGGUUAGGAAGAAACCUGAAAUUGCCGAAACAUCGAAUGGUGCCGCUGUUUGCGAUGAAAACAAUGUUGACCCAGUCUAUUCCGUAGUAAACAAGAAGAAAACGAGAGGUAUGGAGACUGAUCUUUGGAAUCAAUCUGUGCCACCGGUAGCAGCAUGUGCCAACUCAGUGGUUCCACCCUAUAGCAAAGUCAACAAGAACAAGAAAUGUACAGCUUAGAAACCUCAGACAAGGUCUAACCACCUGUGGUGAUAAGUAUGUAUUAUAAUGAUGAUGUAGAAGUAUUCGAACGCGAAAAUAUUCAAAUACGAAAAGUGGAUCAAUAAAAAAGACUUCUACGCUCGAUGAUUACCCUACGGUGCUGUCAAGAAAGGAUCAAAGUUAUAAAAUACGUACUGAAAUUAUAUGUUUUGUUAAACACAUAGGGUUCAUUAUUUUGUUAUUUUUUUUCCUUUAAAUUCCUUAAAAAAACUCUAGGUGAAACCUUAACAGAUUUAGUGAAAUAUACAUUGGUAUAUUGAUAUAUACACUUAUGUACUAAAAUGACAUGUUUUGUGAAACACACAGGGUUCAUUUUUAUGCAUAAUUUUGCUUUAUAUUCCUUAUAAAAAAACUCUAGGUGACACCUGAAAACAUUUAAUAAAAUAUACAUUAGCUUUAAUGAUAUAUUCACUAAUUUUAUGUGUCGCCGUUUAUGGAACUAAAACAAUCUGAAUUAAGGAGGACACAUGGUGCAGACGACAAAAGCAACUGUGCUGAAUUGUUUUUCAACUUAUUAGUGAGCAUUGUUUAAAAAAGCAGUUAGAUUACUCGCACGACACCAGUUGAUUCGUUCCUCGUGGUACUUGUUUUAAUUUAGAAUCCAAACAGGGAGGUAUGCCCGCAAUCAUGUUCAACAGAAUUACAUAUAAUGUUUAUGUUGAAAUAGAAGAGAUAAUGAAUAUGAUAUUCACUUCGUUUGUAUUUGUCCAUGUUAUAGUGAUUUAAAAUAAAACUACCGAAAACCUUA